UCUCGUUUUGCGACGUGCGCGCGGGCCGAAUUUGUUGUAGCGGCAGACAUGGCGCUGUUGGAAGGAGUGCUCGCAAAUUACCAGCUCCUCUCCAAGGAAUGGAGCAAGAAACCGCCCGAUCUGAAGAAAUGCGGCGAGUUGUUGGGCAUGUUGAAGGUUACGUUGACGCAGUUACCGUUCUUGCCCACUUCAGACACGUCAGUCUCAAAGAGGGAACUCCUUUUAGCACGUGACAUACUCGAAAUUGGUGCACAGUGGAGCAUCAAAACUCGCGACAUCCCGUCCUUUGAGCGUUACAUGGCCCAGUUGAAGUGCUACUACCUCGACUAUCAGAACGACUUGCCAGAGUCCGCACACAAGUACGAGCUGCUUGGCCUCAACCUCCUCUGCCUCCUGUCUCAAAACAGGGUUGCCGAAUUCCACACGGAGCUGGAGCUUCUACCGGCCAAGGAGAUCCAGAACAACGUGUACAUCAACCAUCCUGUCUCCCUUGAGCAGUUCCUCAUGGAGGGCAGCUACAACAAGGUGUUCAAGUCUAAGGACAACGUACCGGCGGCCAACUACAGCUUCUUCAUGGACAUUCUGCUGGACACUGUGCGGGACGAGAUAGCCCGCUGCAUCGAGAAGGCCUACGAGCGCAUCUCCAGCCCCGAUGCCACCCGCAUGCUCUUCCUCGACUCGCCCCAGUUGACUGACGUCUACGCCAGCAAACGAGGGUGGACGGCGAAGAACAACGUGUACGAGUUCGGCACGGAAGUGAAGCACACGGAAGACGUCAUCUCCACAGAAGACCUGGCGACCCAAGCCAUAGGCUACGCACGCGAACUCGAAAUGAUUGUCUAGCGGCCCCUGCAAUUCAUUCAGCAGUGCUUGUCUGUCCCUUUCCUUUUUUAAAU